AUGUUUGGAUUUUCUCAUGAUAGUUUUUCUAUAAUUUUUUUUGAACAUUUGUUCACUGAACGUUUCAUGUGCUACGCCUAAACCUUUCUGUGACUUGCAAGGUACACGUGCUUUCCACAAGAACUAUGGCACUGCAACUGCUGCUUUUCCUUAUCCCCUGUUGGUCGGUCAGAUAGAGAAAAUACAGCUGAAAGAAUGUAUGUUUCAGGACAUGUAACAAUAUCACAAUGCCAAAAUUAUGAGAAAAAGUCUUGCAUUCAAAAUUAUACUUGAUUAUAGAAGUCACAUGCUCAUUAUUGGAAAACACCCUUCCAUUGUUCUGCAUUGAUAGGUUGCAGCAUUAUAAUGUUCUAGUUUUAACCAAAUGUCUUGGUUAUUUCACCAACAUCACACUUUUCACAUCGGUCACGAUUUCUAUUUAAAAGUAGAAUUAUAGCGUGGUAUUAAAUGGAAAUAGAUGAAGUUGAAGUAUCUCAAAACUAAACGGAACAAUUUAAUUAAAUGUAAUGAAAUAUUUUGUAUGGCCUUUGGAUCCGUUCUGGUGGUGGUCUUACAGAGUGGCCCAAUUCCGAUCCUCUCUCCCUACCCACUGUCACUCCAUUUGCACGUUCGUUAGAACGGUCCGCCACAAGUGGGUUAUAAAGCCCUCCAACACAGAGUCUGCAUCGAUGCAGACUUGAAAACAGACAAUAGACCACACUCUCAGACGAGUGCAGCAUCGUUUUGAGUCCGGGAUAGAUGAAAUGUCAUAUACCUACUAAUGUGAAUUCCGUGACUAUUUACAAUGGUCAAAAGUCAUAAAUUACUUCAAACAGACCAUUGAUAGACUGUUUUCAUGCACACAUGACGAAAUUAGAUGCUGCAUUGUAUUUUGGAAUGAAUGUGGCGAUGUGUACCAGAAAAAAUAGGAAGAGUUCUUUUUCUUUUUCUUUUUUUUUUGACUUGAUAUUUGUAAAUUAAACUGUUGAGAAAAUAAGCAUAUGAUUAGAUUAAGACGGCAAAAAAAAAAUGUUCACCAAAAAGGAAAAUGCGGCCAAAGAAGCAUAGAAGUGAAUUUUUUUUUAAUACAAUUAAUCAUUUUCCUUUCACAAGCUUACUAUGCAAUGAAUGUGAUGGGGGCCAUGUCACUGCCCACACACCUACAUCUUUGUCAAUGCUGUGUAUAAGAUUAUCUUUUAGAUAAAUAUUGAUUUAAUCACAAUUUCUUUCUGAAGUAUUUUGGGUAACAAUGAACUUCCUGUUUCCAUCGGAGAAAGGUGAGGGCGUCCCAUUGUUAUACCUCCCCCUUAAUGAAGAGACCCUCCACAGCCGCGAGUGUGACACUACACGAAGUUACUCUCCGACUCUGAGUGGGAGUGUGUAGGGAUGGUAGGGGCCGGAUUGGAAUUGGGCCAAUAUUACUUUAUCAUGUAAAGCUCUCUCCGAUUGGCCGAAUGUGUACAUGACGACUUCCGGUGAAAUGGAGCACAAGAUUUGAAUUUCUCCGUCAGCUCCGUCUUCCACCUCUGCUUCCUAUUUUCCACAACAGAAGCGCGUUCGACUAGAGGACACUAUGAAUGAUGAUACUCGCAAAUUGUUUGAAAACGUUGCUAAAAAGAUGGGCUGGAUGGAUGAGGGACUGGACGCAGCAGCAGAGAGGCUGCGAAUCGAAAUUGGCAAAACUCGUCGUUUUGCCACAAGUGUUCAUCAGGUGAUGGAUCCAACCUCUUUGCCUAUCCAGCUUGGCCUCUCUGAAAGUGAAGAAGAUCAGGAGAAGGAGAACAAGUGCUCCAUGGGCAAUAAUUACAGGAACAAGUCUUUGACUGAUUCCAGUGAUGAAAAUUUUGACCAGUUUCUUGUGGGAACGGCUUCAUUGAAAGCUAAACCUGCCACUUCAAAAAUAUGUAGCUCUGCAAAGAAAUACAGUUCAAAUGUUCUUGUGGUGAGCUCAGAUGAUGAGGGCAGUUUUGAGACAUUUCUGCAACGAGUGAAAACCCCUAAUGCCAAGCCUAAGAAAAUAUCAGAGAGCAGGAGUGAAGACAGCCUCAAAAACUUCAUAGUGGAUGACUACUCAUCAGAUGAUGUCUUUAUUCAGCCAAAAUCAUCACAUAAAGUGCCUAAGAAGAGCAAUACUCCAGCAGCCCAGCAUCCACGGAGGAGACCACUGUCUCAGUGUGACUCCCCAGUCUUUGUUAGUGACAGUGAUGAUGACGAUGAUGGUAAUAUUGUGAUCAAGAGCAGUUGGAGAACUCGUCAGUCGCGACCAAAAGCCCCGCCAAAAGCUAAUAAGAAUAAUGCUCUGCUGUCUGAUAAAGAUGACAGUUCGCCAUCACUCCCUUUGCCUCCAGUCCCAUCUCCUUUUUCUCUUCCUCCCCUCAAAACUCCAACGUCACUGACCUCUCCCAAGCGUACUUCUUCAGCACCAUCUAAGCUGGAUGAAUCAGCCAGUUCUGAGGAGGAGUUCACAUCCCUGCUGGAUAGACUGAAAAAGAAAAACAAAUUCACUAGCACUUCAUUCUCACCUAAGAACACCAAAGAUACCAGUAAGGAGCCUCCUGCGGUAGUUCCUCCUGUAAAGGUACUCACAACACCAGCUUCGAAAUCAUCAGGUGGAACACCUCUGCAUGUGAAAACCCCAGGGAAAUCCACCAUCUUGAAGCCCAUAGUCAGUCAGACAGAGCCCAGACACGGUCCCACCAGCAGGGUAGCGUUGUGUAAGACCCCUGGGUGCUUCUUGGAGUCACUUUCAAACCCUGGCUCCAGCUAUGGCCGCAAUUUUAAGCAAAACAAGGAAGACCUCACCAAUAAGCUCUACCAGCUCUACAAUAUCAGUGUCUUUGACAGUAAGCUCCCUGUCAAUAUGUCAGUGACCUGGAAUAAGAAGAUGCGGAAGACAGCCGGUUUCUGUAUCUCAGGGCAAGAGCGAGGUGGAGGGAGCCGCUACGCCCGCAUUGAACUGUCAGAGAAAGUCUGCGAUUCUGCAGAUCGCCUCAGGGACACACUGAUUCAUGAGAUGUGUCACGCUGCUACCUGGCUCAUUCAUGGUGUAAGGGACGGGCAUGGGAGCAUCUGGAAGUUUUAUGCUCGAAAGUCCACAGUGGUGCAUCCUGAGCUGCCCAUGGUCAGUCGCUGCCACAGUUAUGACAUCAAGUACAAAUUCCAGUAUCAGUGCAGCCGCUGCCAGAAUACUAUUGGGCGUCAUUCCAAGUCACUGGACACGCAGAGGUUCAUGUGUGCCCUCUGCAAAGGUCAACUCGUCUUACUGACUCCCUCCAAGCCACGUGCUCCCACACCUUUUGCCAACUUCGUCAAAGAGAAUUAUGGGACUGUUCGACAGGAGCUAGCAGGACAAAGGCACGCGGACGUGAUGCGUAAGCUUAGUGCAGACUUUGCCUCCAAGACUAAACUCAGUUAAAGCUGAGAUCUUGCUUGUAGCUGUACUUAAAGCUGUGAACUGAGCUGCACAACCACAGGAAACCUGUUCAAAUACUCAAAUACCUCAGUGAACAAGUCUUGCGUCAGUGAGCAGCUGUGAAUAUUAAAUCUAUUUUUAUGUUUUCUGUUAUUUCUGUAUUUGUCAGUAUGUGUUCAAAGACUGGACCUGCUGUAACAGGGAGCCUAAGCAGUAAGUUUGUGUUCUUGAGUGUGUUUUUAUGUAGUGUAUUGUGUAGAUGAGGCAGUGUCAAUGAAAUUCAUACCACCUGCUGUCUUUGGUAUUGAAUAUAUUCUGGAGAUCAGUAUGAUUAGAUCCAUAUGUUUUGAAAUAUUUGACUGGUUUGACAAUAAAGUUUAAAA